AUGGAAGCAGUAGCACCUUCUCUUUCAACUUAUCAAGAUGAAAGCACCUUCACCUUUGAUAAAGUGGUUGAGCAGGAGGUUUCGUAUAAACAUCUCCUGAGGAACCCCUUUGACAAGAACCUUUUACCGGAGUUAAUGAGAAAGUACUAUAACAUCGAUGACAUAGUCGAUUACAUAAAGAGUAAACCUCAUUGUAAGAGAGUAACUUUACAAUUUCCUGAUCAUUUGGUCGGUGAUUCAACAUUAGUAGCCACAGAAAUCUCCAAGAAGUUGGGAAAAUCAGAACAGCAACAGGUGGAAAUUGGUUGUGGUGGAUGUGGCUGUAAUAAAGAAAGUGAUAAAACCUGUAACAAUAUCAAACCUAAAGCUGAAGAGGAUCAGAGCGUAUGGAUCCUUGCUGAUACUUCAUAUUCUCCUUGUUGUGUAGAUGAAGUUGCAGCUGAACAUAUCGGAGGACAAAUGGUGAUACAUUUUGGUGAUGCUUGUUUGAAUCCCGUAGACAAACUUGAAGUUGGGUAUGUGUUCGGUAAGCCUGAUAUAGAUCUUGAUGUAGUGAUAGAAAAAUUUCAAGCUAGCUUUAGUGAACAAGACCAGGUCAUUCUUAUGGCAGAUGCUCCACAUAGUUACAUUUUAAAGAAUUUGAAAGAAAGAUUAACUCAACACAAUAUCGCUUAUGGAGAUAUACUGUCACAAGCGUUCCCGCGUGCUAAAAUAAUAGGUUACACCCCAGACCCAGCUCCGUCAUUCCAAUUAUUGAAUAGGAGUUUCCAUGGACUUUCUGAUGAUUCGGAAGAGACCUUAGGACAAUACAAAUUGUUUCAUAUAGGAGUACCUGAAACUCCCAGGUUAUUGAAAUUAACCACAAUCUUUGAGUCGGUAGUGUUGUAUGAUGCUGAAGCUGAAAAUACCAUAACUGGUCCUUUCCCUAACUUGAUGAGAAGAUACAAACAUAUGUUAAUGGCCAAAUCUGCAGGAACUAUUGGUUUGUUAGUUAACACCUUAUCAUUGUCGAACACUAAAACCCUUUUAAAUGGUUUGAAAGAAAAGAUCAAAACCUCAGGUAAGAAACAUUAUAUGUUUGUCGUAGGGAAACCAAAUGUCGCCAAACUCGCCAAUUUUGAAGCCAUUGAUACAUGGUGUAUUUUAGGAUGUGACCAGCAAGGAAUUAUCAUUGACCAAUACAAUGAAUACUAUAAACCUAUCAUUACUCCAUUCGAACUUUUGUUAGCUUUGAAUGAAGAAUUAUCAUGGUCAGGAAAAUGGGAAACUGAUUUCAAGAAGUUAGUAGAAGACUUGGGAGAAGAAGACAAUAAUGAACCUGCAGAAUACAAUGAUGAACCAGUAUUCAAUCCUAUUACUGGUCAAUUAACUAGUAAUUCAAGACCUCUCAGAAGGCAAGAAUAUCUUCAAAUAUCUAAUGAAGGUAACGAUGGAAAUAAUACCGAAUCAAAUGAAUCUUCAUUGGUAAAAAAAUUCUCAACUGACGUUGUGAUAAGAGACACUGUUUCCACUGCAGCCAUUUCCUUGCAAGAUAGAACCUGGAAAGGAUUGGGAACCGAUUAUGAUGAAGAAGAAUAUAAUAGUGAAGGGGCUUUAGUUGAAGAAGGUACAGCUGGUAUUGCCAGAAGUUACCAAUUUGAUGUAAGUAAUAGGGAAGAAUAA